ACACAGCUGCGAGCUGGCUUCCCGGCUCUGCACCCCGCCAGCCCCCAAGAUCGGGAUCUGGGUGGUGGUGGGGGGAGCGCAAGGCGCGGGAUGGAGGGACCCGGGCUCGCCACCGCGAUCAUCGGGGAGCAGCCCCGGGUGGCCUGGCUGUGAUCCUGCAGGCGGUGUCCCCUGGUGGAACGCAGGAGCCAGGGCGGAAUGGAACCAGGACCUGAAGACCCUUCCAGAAUGCCCGAGGAGACCUCUCCCAGGCGGACCCCGCAGAGCAUCCCCUACCAGGACCUUCCCCACCUGGUCAACGCCGACGGACAGCACCUCUUCUGCAGAUACUGGAAACCCUCGGGGACACCCAGGGCCCUUGUGUUUGUGUCCCAUGGCGCCGGGGAACACUGUGGCCGCUAUGACGAGCUGGCUCAGAUGCUGAUGGGGCUGGACAUACUGGUGUUUGCACAUGACCACGUCGGCCACGGGCAGAGCGAAGGGGAGAGGAUGGUGGUGUCUGACUUCCACGUUUUCGUCAGGGACGUGCUACAGCACGUGGAUGUCAUGCAGAAGGACUACCCCAGCCUCCCUGUCUUCCUCCUGGGCCACUCCAUGGGAGGCGCCAUUGUGAUCCUCACAGCAGCAGAGAGGCCGGGCCACUUCUCCGGGAUGGUCCUCAUCUCACCCCUGGUUCUGGCCAAUCCCGAGUCUGCGUCGACUUUCAAGGAUCACCCGAAGAUAUUCACAGACUUGGUGGAAAACACAUCGAGAUUGGUAAUGGUUUGGAUCCCACUUUUCUUAUGGGUCCUCGCUGCGAAAGUGCUCAACCUUGUCCUGCCAAACAUGUCCCUGGGGCCCAUCGAUUCCAGCGUCCUCUCCCGGAACAAGACAGAGGUUGAGCUUUACAACUCGGACCCUCUCAUCUGCCGGGCGGGGCUGAAAGUGUGCUUUGGGAUCCAACUACUCAACGCUGUCUCGCGGGUGGAGCGAGCCCUCCCCAAGCUGACCUUGCCCUUCCUGCUGCUCCAGGGCUCCGCAGACCGCCUGUGUGACAGCAAAGGGGCCUACCUGCUCAUGGAGUCAGCCAAGAGCCAGGACAAGACUCUCAAGAUUUACGAAGGUGCCUACCACGUCCUCCACAAAGAGCUUCCGGAAGUGACCAACUCCGUCUUCCAUGAAAUCAACAUGUGGGUCUCCCAAAGGAUAACCAUGGCUGUCCCCAGAGGGGUCCCCAGAGGGUCCCCGCCCUGAAUGCACUGGCCAAGGGACCAGCUCAUGGCCUGGGGGAAGCGGGCAGAGGGAGCUCAGAGCUGGCUACUUCAGAGUGGCUUAAAAACCAACCAAUCGCCAAAUUGGAGGGACCCCUGGCGCAGUUAACUUUAAAAAAAAAUAAAUUUAUGUCAUAUAUAAGGUUA